AUGAAAUUUGGGUAUAAAUUCUCAAAUUUGUUAGGAACAGUUUAUAAUAAAGGAAAUAUAUUAUUUACACCAGACGGUAACACAGUUAUUAGUCCGGUUGGAAAUAGAUUAACAGUUUUUGAUUUAGUAAAUCAUACAUCAAUAACUUUACCAAUUCAAUCAAAAUAUAAUAUACGUAGAUUAGCAUUAUCACCAAAUGGUCAAAUAUUAAUAACAUCCGAUGAAUCUGGUCAUACAUUAAUUAUAAAUCUAACAAGACAAGUAGUUUUAGGUGAAUAUAAAUUUUUUAAAACACCAAAAUCAAUAUUAUUUAGUCCAAAUGGAGCUAUUAUUGCAAUUGCAGUAUUAGAAAAAGUAUUUUUAUUUAAAACACCAAUUAUUCAAAAACAACCAAAUCCAUUAAUUCGUUUAUCAGUAUUUACACAUAAAUCAGCAGUAAUAUCAAUGUGUUGGUCAGCAGAUUCAUUGAAAUUAAUGAUUGGAUGUAAGAAUGGUACACUUUUAAUUAGACAAGGUAAAUCAGAGAGAGUAUCCUAUUUUCAAGUUAAAGGAUCAGGUAUAAUAAAUUGUUUCUUUGGUAAUGAAGAGAGUACAAUUGCAUAUGCAGUUACACCAACUGGUUUAGCAUCAUGGGAUUAUAAAACCAAUGAAGAGAUGGAACAAGAGAAAUUGGAAAGAGUUGAAAAUGGUGAAACAGCAUAUCUUAGAGAGGAGGAAAUGGAUGAAGAGAAAUUAAAAGUUAUAACAGAGAAUCAAAGAUUAUAUAAAGGUCGUUGGAUUUUUAAAGGAUUUAAAAAGUUUGAAAAUUAUGGUGUAAAAUGUAAAGUAAAGACAGUUUGUUUCCAUUUAAAGAGUAAAUUAUUAUUGGUUGGAUUUUCAACAGGUCAAUUCAUACUCUAUGAAAUGCCAGGAUUUAAUCAACUCUAUAAAUUGAAUAUUUCAUCACAUGGUAUUAGUACAUCAGCAAUUAAUAACACUGGUGAAUGGUUAGCAUUUGGUUGUUCAGAGUUGGGUCAAUUGUUGGUUUGGGAAUGGCGUUCAGAAACUUAUAUUCUAAAACAACAAGGUCAUAGUUACAAUAUGAAUACCGUUGCAUACUCACCAGAUGGUCAAACCAUUGCAACCGGUGGUGAAGAUGGUAAGGUGAAGAUUUGGAAUACAACAUCUGGCUACUGUUAUAUCACAUUCACAGAACAUGAAGGACCAGUCACCGCUGUUAAAUAUUCACCAGUUUCAAGUCAAAAUGUUGUAUUUUCAGCAGGUGUAGAUGGUACCAUUAGAGCAUUCGAUUUGGUUAGGUAUAGAAAUUUCAGAACAUUUGUAUCACCAAAUAAAACUCAAUUCUCCUGUUUAGCAGUUGACCCAUCGGGUGAAAUCAUUGCAGCAGGCUCAUUGGAUAGCUUUGAAAUUUACGUUUGGUCAGUACGUACCGGUAGAUUAACCGAUAUUCUUAGUGGUCAUCAAUCACCAGUUUGUGAAUUGGCAUUCGAUCCAAUUAACCCAUUCUUGGCAAGUGCAUCUUGGGAUAAGUCUUGUAAGAUUUGGAACAUUUUCGAGGAUCGUGAAAUUCGUGAAUCCAUUCAACACACCUCUGAUGUAUUAACUUGUGCCUACAGUCAAGAUGGUAAGAAAUUCAUUGUCUCUUGUUUAGACGGUACCAUUCAAAUCUAUGAAACCUCAACUUGGGGUCAAAUUGGUUUAAUCGAUGGUAAGAAUGAUAUUAUGGGUGGUCGUGGUUACAAAGAUGAAAUACUCGCCAAAAACAAUAGUGCCGGUAGAGCAUUCACAAAGAUUGCAUUCACUCCAAAUGGUGAAUGUAUCAUUGCAGGUGGUAAUUCAAAAUAUAUUUGUAUCUAUCAUAUCGAUCAACAAGUUUUAAUUAAAAAGUAUUCAACAUCAAGUAAUCUCUCUUUGGAUGGUAUUACAUUGGAUAUCAAUUGGAAAAGAGUUGGUGAAUUUGGUCAUUUGGAUGCAAUGGAAAAAGAUUUCGAUUCUGAUGAUGAUUUAUAUCAACAAAAUAAAGAAUAUCUCACUGGUUCCUCCAAAGGUGACCUUUCAAAAAGAACAACUAAAAAGAAACAAAAAACAACUUCAAUUUCAGUUUCUCCAACUGGUAGAGCUUGGGCUGUCUCUACAACUGAAGGUCUUUUAAUUUAUUCUUUAGAUGAUUUCUUAUUCUUUGAUCCAACUGAUCUUAGUAUUGAUAUUAAUCCUGAUUCAAUUUUAUCUGAAUUAAAUUUAAAAAAUUAUUUAAAAUCUUUAAUUAUGAGUAUUAAAUUAAAUGAAAAACCAAUUAUUGAAAAAGUAUUUGAAUCAAUUCCAUUUAAUGAAAUUCAAUUAGUUUGUCAAGAAUUCCCAAUUUAUUAUUUAAAGAACUUUAUUCAAUUCCUUAGUGGUUAUUUUGAAAAGAAUCAUCAUUUAGAAUUCCAAAUGAAAUGGGUUAAAUUAAUAUCAAUUUACCAUGGAAAAUAUAUUAAAACAAAUUCAUUAUCAAUGAUUACAUCUUUAAGAAAUCUUCAAAAAACAAUUACUCAAACUUAUAAUGAUAUUUCAAAAGUUUGUGACGAUAAUAUAUUUUCGAUGGAAUACUUUAAGACUGUUUUAUUAAAAGAAUUAAAAUCUCAAGAAGAAACAAAUAAAAUUUCAAAAAAGAGUCAAAAGUAUAAAAAAUAUCUCGAAUCAAAGAAAAAUAAAGAGCAAGAAGAAGAUCAAUUUAGUGAUGACGAAGAAACAGUUUAUCAAAAUAAUAAAAAGAAUAAAAAUAAAUAG